GUAGAUCUCGGCAGACUGGAAACUUUAAAAGUAGCUCUCGGUUCAAAAAAGGUUGGGCACCCCUGCCUUAGAGGACGAGAAGCAGGCCAAGCAGGACGAGGAGGCCAUGCACAAGCUGCAGGCCAGUCUGCUGGAGGAGGAGGCAGCGAAGCGGGCCGAGCUGGAGCGUUUCCACCGGCAGCAGCAGAGGGCGCUGUCGCAGACGGAGGCGGAGAAGCAGGAGCUGGUGGCCGAGCAGCGGCUCAAAGAGAGAGAGCUGCAGGCGGCCAUGCUGCAGCUGGAGAAGCUGGAGAGGGAGCGGCUCGGGGCGCUGGAGCAGUACCAGGAGGUGUCGAUGAAGCUUGAACGAGCAACUAACAAGACAAAGACUUGGAAGGACAAGGUGGCCAAACAUGAGGGUCUGGUGCGUCUCAUCCAGCCAGGUCAUAAAGGUCCUCAGAGGAUCACUAACUGGGGUCCGGCUUCAUUCACUGACGUUGAGCUGGAGCUGAGGAAGAAGUCGUGGCAGGAGAGGAAGAACCAGGGCGCUCCGGCUCAGUGAACACACCUCACUGAGGAGGACAGUCUAGGUCUGAUAAUGUUUAAUAACAUACACUUACUGAGCCAUCUGCAGCGUUAAACGUUUUACUGAUAUGAUUUGGCCUACUUUCUUCUGUAACAAAAAAUCUCAUCAAGCAAUUGUAGGAAGCAGUUCUCUAAAAUAAUCUGAUCAUGAGAUGCAAUUGAAAUAGCAGAAAAAUACAACUAAUAAGUGAAUAUUUAGUUAUUAUUUUAUGAAGAAAUACAUCCAGUUUCUUAGUUUGUGCUUUCUGACUUCCUGUGUUUUAAUUCAUUUUACUGACAUGUAAUAGAGUACAGCAGUAGAUUAAUAUGUGUAUUGCUUUGUCACAUUUAAACUUGUAUGAAAAACAUAUAAUAAAACACCACUUUUUUUUUCAAAA